AUGACCGCUGGCAAUGAUCCGAUGUCCAUAGCAGUCCAAGGCGCAGCCUUGGUCAGCCUGAUCUGGAGCUGUGCCGUCUUCCUCGUCCAGACCAUCGGAAUCACCCAGCUCUACCGUAAUCACUCUUCCCCGCGUCCAAAACCCGUGUCGCCUUCCCUAGGAGAUGGAGAGACACCUCACGUCACGAUAAUCCGGCCUGUCAAGGGCCUCGAGCCUUGUCUCUACGAAUGCCUCGCGUCGACCUUUCUGCUCGCCUACCCGAGGUCCAAGCUGACUAUCUACCUCUGUGUCGCAUCCACAAAGGAUCCGGCAUAUCCACUCCUCCGUAAAGUGGUGUCAGACUUUCCGGAGUUCGACGCGAAGGUGCUGGUCGAGGAGGACGACCCCGUGCUUCAUGGCACAGAUGGGCAUGUCAACAACCUGGGUCCGAACCCCAAGAUUCGCAACAUGAGCCGUGCCUAUCGCGAGGCAAAAGGCGACCUCAUAUGGAUAGUGGACUGCAACGUCUGGCUUGGGACCGGCUCUGCCGGAAGGAUGGUCGACAAGCUCUGCGGCUUCGGGCCCAACGGCACGCGAACAACCCCCUACAAGUUCGUGCACCAGCUACCGCUCGUUGUCGACAUUGAGACACCCAGAACCGCAGAGCAGCAAAGCCUGUUGCCGAAAGACGCCAGCCUACCUCGGGCGCCCAGAAGCCUGCUCGACUACGGCGGUCGCCUCGAGGAGAUGUUCAUGUCGACCAGCCACGCCAAGUUCUACAGCGCCAUCAACACCGUCUGCGUCGCCCCCUGCAUCGUCGGCAAGAGCAACAUGUUCCGCAAGUCGCACCUCGACUUCAUGACGGACCCGUCCCGCAACCCGGUCCUCUCCGCGUCGGACGCCGGGCGCGGCCGCGGGCUCGACUUCUUCUCGUCCUACAUCUGCGAAGACCACCUGAUCGGCGACCUGAUCUGGCGCUCGCCCACUCCGGACGCCGCCGCCGUCACCUACAAGAACCACGGCCUCGUCUUCGGCGAGGUCGCCAUCCAGCCGACGUCGGGCAUGUCGGUGGCGGCCUACGUGGCGCGCCGCGUCCGCUGGCUGCGCGUGCGCAAGUGGACCGUCCUCCUCGCCACGCUCGUCGAGCCGGGCAUCGAGCCGUUCCUCUGCAGCCUGCACCUGUCGUUCGCGCUGACCACGCUCCCGUGGGUCCACGAGAGGCUCGGCGUGCCCCGGACGUGGGGCGCCAUGGCGGUGAUCUGGGCGUCGACGGUCACGGCGUGGAUGGCGCUCGAUCGCUGGUUCAGCAGCAUGCUGCACAGGCUACAGAGCGUCGAGGUGGACGCGAACACGCCCUCGUUUGCGCUCGGCUCGGCCCGCAGAGGCGGCAUCCCGCGGCGACCCUUUCGUGAGUGGUUGGCGGCUUGGCUGGGAAGGGAGACGCUCGCCUUGCCCAUCUGGACGUGGGCGGUGCUGCUGGGCACGACUGUGAACUGGAGAGGCAAGCAGUUCAGGGUCCGCAUGGAUAUGAGCGUCGUGGAGAUUGAGGGCCAAAGGGCCCCGUCUUCGGCGCCGUCCGGGGACGCCAGCCGUCCCGACUCUCGUAGUAAAGACCGCAUAGAUUAA